GGAACGCCAUGCGGAUUCUGGACACGAGACAUCGCAGGUACCACCUCCAACCAGUCCCAUUUCAAGGCCUAUGAAGCGUCCGAUGCGAGGAAUGCAAGAAGCCUCCCUUCACAAGUCAGGCGCCAAGAGAACAAGACAGGGCUAGCUCUGGGUCCAUUGCAGAUUUGGGAACGCCACCGUGAAGACUACCCAGCCCUUGCAACACCCUCAGAUGCUUCAGGCAAGAAGUACAUCCCGGCAGCCGAGCUGGUCCACAUGAGACCCAUCCCAGAGCGUCCCUUUGGUGGUGUGAGCCAUUAUACCCAGCACCAAGCAGCUGCUCAAGAGGCUCGUCACGACUACUUCCCCUAUCGUGAUGAAUUCCAUCCCAGGUCCAAGCGUCUUCUCUACGAGAUGGCGCUGAAUGCGGUAGAUGACAGAAAGAGCAACGUCUCGGAAGAGACUCGGAGUUGCUUUACGCUACCCAGCAGCGUCAAGUCCCACAAGUCCCAGAGCACGGAGCAAAGCGUGGUGUCACAGCAUCGCUCCCUCUCCAGUUCCAGAUUGCCGACCGGUGACUCUCUGCGUGUGGGUGGCGGCAAACCGGGUGCUUUGGCACAUCGCCGAGCACAAGCAUUCUUCAGGUCUCCGAGCCAGUCCCAUGUGGAUCGAGAAUGGUACGUGAGCAUGAACGAGAAAGAGGGUCCAGCAGCCAUUUACACCACAAACUAUCGUCCGCGCUUCUACAAAGACAGCUUGGACAGCUACAGCCAGGCCCUGGCGGAGAUGUCCGCUCUAUUAGAUGGCGAAAGAGAAACACAACCUCGGACGAGGACGAACAAGUAGGCGAUGGUGUGAGCUGGUGUAGCUGGUUGACAACCACAAUGUAACUUUUGGUGAAAAGGA